AUGGCUUCUGCCUCCAAGAUCGAACCCGGCUCAUUCAACACCCCCGUCGGGACCUUCCCGGCAACAUGCACCUCCACAAACAUCGACGCCCACUCUGUGGCCACAACAACCCUCAACGCCCUCAACACCGCCCUCUCCCAGAAUGACAUCCCAGCUAUAACCCCCCUCUUCCUCGAGGACAACUCCUUCUGGCGCGACCAUCUCUGUCUAUCCUGGGACUUCCGAACCGCCAAAGGCCGCGACAAGAUCAGCUCCCUGCUAACCUCCGCAUCAUCAUUGAAGAACAUCAAGCUUGAAAUCGACAAGAGCACCCCGUUCCGCGCCCCGCAGGUUGGCGCCAUUGACGCCCUCGGCGAGGUGUUCGGUGUGCAGUUCUUCGUUACGGUGCAGACGGCUUUCGGAUCCGGCCGCGGCGUCGUGAGACUCGCCGAGCAGGGCGCGGGGAAGUGGUUCAUCUACACCCUGUACACAGCCCUGCAGUCGCUAAGCGGGUAUGAAGAGAAAGUCAACACGCGCCGACCAUUUGGCGCAACGCAUGGGGAAGUCGUGGAUCGACGGAACUGGCAAGAUCGACGCAAUGCAGAGCGGAACCUUUCAGACGAGCAGAGCCAGCCUGCCGUUGUGAUUGUGGGCGCGGGCCAGUCGGGGCUGUCAAUAGCGGCGCGGCUGAAGAUGCUUGGUGUAGAUGCGUUGAUUAUUGACGAGGAGGACCGCAUUGGGGAUAAUUGGCGGCGCAGGUACCACCAGCUUGUGCUCCAUGAUCCGGUCUGGUUUGAUCAUAUGCCGUAUCUGCCGUUCCCGUCGAAUUGGCCGGUGUUUACGCCGAAGGAUAAACUUGCAGAGUUCUUUGAGUGCUAUGCGAAGUUGCUAGAGUUGAAUGUUUGGACUGGGUCGAGUAUCCGGAAGUCAAACUGGAGUGACGACGAGAAGACCUGGACGGUGGAGGUCACGAGAAAGAAGGACGAUGGAGGUAGCGAGACGAGAGUCCUCCGUCCGCGCCAUGUCAUCCAGGCAACAGGACACUCGGGGAAGAAAAACCUCCCUACUUUCAAAGGCGUCGAGUCCUUCACAGGGAGCAGAAUCUGCCACAGCUCUGAAUUCCACGGGGCCGCAGCAGACGGCCAGGGGAAGAAAGCCGUCGUGGUGGGCUCCUGCAACUCCGCACACGACAUUGCACAGGAUUACUACGAAAAGGGAUACAAUGUAACGAUAGUGCAGCGCUCAUCUACCUGCGUCGUUUCGUCCGACGCCAUCGUCAACAUCGCACUAAAGGGUCUCUACGAGGAGAACGGCCCGCCGGUAGACGACUCCGACGUCUUCCUGUACAGUAUCCCCAGUUCGCAGUUCAAAGCGCAGCAAAUCAAGAUCACCGCGCUUGAAAACGAGCGCGACAAGGAACUACUCGAUGGUCUGGCCAAGGCCGGAUUCAAAGUCGACCGCGGGCCUGACGACGCCGGACUACUGUUGAAAUACUGGCAGCGCGGCGGCGGAUACACGAUUGAAGUCGGGGCCGGGAAGCUCAUCGCCCAGGGCAAGAUCAAGGUUAAGCAGGGCCAAGAAAUCAGCGAGGUCGUUCCGCAUGGGAUCCGGUUUGCUGAUGGUUCGGAGUUGGAGGCGGACGAGAUUAUCUUUGCCACGGGGUACCAGAACAUGCGAACACAGACGCGGAUUAUAUUCGGCGACGAGAUCGCGGACCGCGUGAAUAGUGUUUGGGGGCUUGAUGAGGAGGGUGAGCCGAGGACGAUCUGGCGGCGUAGUGGACAUCCAGGGUUCUGGUUUAUGGGCGGGAAUCUGGCGCUGUGUCGGUAUUACUCGCAGUUGCUGGCCUUGCAGAUUCUUGCUGUGGAGAGGGGGUUGAACUAG